UUUUGCGGUUGGCGGAUGAUUUUCCUUUGGUUUUCGUUGCUUCUUUUUUUUUACGUUCGGCUCGCAUUAAUUAAUUUUGACGUUUUUUUCGCAGGGUUUUUUAAAAAUUUUCAGAAUAUGGAGAGAAAAAGAGGGAAAAAUGGGCACUCGCGAGAGGAAUUUUUCACGUAGGUUUCCAAUUGGUUCGUUGCCUCGCUUGGGUCUUGUUGAGGAUCGAUGUUCCAUGCGCAGUCGAUAAUUUGGAUUGCGUUCCCCGAGUACAUCUGAUUAUCUCUUUAUUCUGUAGUAAAGAGGAGAGAUGAGUGCUAUUAAUAUGAACUGGUUAGCUUCAGCGGAAGGAGAAUCCCUGGUCCAUCAUUUCUAUGUAAAUUCUUCCAAGAAGAGAAGAUUCUAUGGUAUUUUGGAGAGACCAUCGUUACCCACCUCCAUCGAGGAGGUCACUUACAAGAUCUUUAUGAUAGGUAGAUCCGGCGUGGGAAAGACCUCGGUGGUAGGAAAACUUGCAGGCACUUUGGAAUCCAACAAUUAUACAGAAACCAAUGGCAUAAGAAAGACAAACGUUUUUUGGCCCGUAAAGAUCUGGGAUAAAAUUGUCCUGAUUAAGCUACAAUUUUGGGACACGUCAGAAAACAGUAUUAAAAAAUACAGUCAUAUUUUGUCGGCAUGCAAAGACAAAGUUGAUGCAAUGUGCUCUGUGUUUUCCUUUGAUGAUGCAUCGAGCUUCAAUGACAUUCCAUAUCUGAUGAAUACAAUGACUGCGACAAAAGAGAAACCAGCAAAUAUAGUGAUUGGCACAAAGUUCAAACCUUGGUCAAGCUGUGUGAUAGACGACGCACAAAUCAAGGAGUUUGAAGACAAAUGGAAAGUUAAAGUCAUCAAAAUUGAUGCCAGUAAAUCAUCAAUAAGAUCCGAGAUGUUUGAUUGCUCUUAUCAAUUGAACGCUAUCUGUAACAUUUUAUGGAACAGAGAUAAAGAGUUUAUAUCCAAACUGAUGGGACAGUCGUGAUAACUGCAAAUAGACUGGAGACAUUUUCCUACGUUUUAUGCGAAAUAAAAAUAAUAAGAAGAAACAUGUAGAUUAGUUGUGCAGAUUUCUGCUCAAACCUUAGGUUUUAUUUGCCGUGUCCUCAA